CCAGCCAAAGUAAGAGGCAACAAAUGAAUCGACGACGACGGCGACGAUGAUUACAGCCAUAAUAAUAACAACGAUAGUAAUUGAAUGGGUGAAUGAAUGAAUCUCCGAGAGAGUGAAUGGGCCAACCCCCCCUUUUCCGUGGCGGUGAGAAACUGCGAUUGCUUUGCGACCCUGGCCGCCCUUUCUUCCCAUGCAGUCCGCUUCCCCUGCCCGAUCCGGCUAGCGCAUCCAGGCCUCCCUCAAAAUAUUUGAAGCUUCCAUCAUCGCCUGCUCCUUUUCCACCAACAGACAACUCCAGCAGACCACCGCUCCAUCAACCAAACGCUUCCCCCCCACACGUUCCGGGCUCGUAGCUACCCACCCCCCUCUCGUCAAUUCAAGUUCCACCUCCCAGGCGGUUCGACAAUCCCCAACUCUCACCCCAAAACAACCACUGCUUCUUUCCACCGUCAAGCCUUUCAUCUAGGUUUGCCAGGACUCCCAAGUUUACACACCUUGUACUCCGUGUCAUCAAUCAAUCCAACAAACUUCAGCAAAUAUGUCCGCUCCUGUCGACAGUGUUACCGCCCAGUUGGCCACCACCUCCCUCAACGACUCCAACGCCGAGACGGCUGCUGCUCCUUCCCAGCCCACCACGGCCGAGAACGAUGCUGUCCUCGCCAGCGCCGCCGAGGGUAGGCGACUUUACAUUGGAAACCUCGCAUAUGCGACCACCGAGGGGGAACUGAAGGACUUCUUCAAGGACUACCUUGUCGAGUCCGUCACCAUUCCCACCAACCCUCGCACUUCCCGCCCAGUCGGCUACGCCUUCGUGGCCCUCUCUACCCCCACUGAGGCUGAGCGUGCUAUUGCCGAGCUUAACAGCAAACCCAUCCUCGAGCGCAAGGUCUCUAUCCAACUGGCUCGCACUCCCGAGGCUCACGCCGAGGGAACUGGCAGCGGUGCCGAGGGCUCCAACGAGACUCGCCGUCGUGCCUCUACUCGCGGUCGCGGUCGCGGCCGUGGCCGUGGUGGUCGCCAGGGCCGUGGUGGUCGUGCUGCCGAUGGCACCGAAGGUGCCGAACAGGUCGAAUUCACUGACGCUGCUCCCGCUGAUAGCGCUCCUACAAAUGUACCCGGCCAAGUCCUUCCUCUUACCGAGACUACAAACGAGGCACUCACAGCUGAGAAGGGCACUAAAGAGAAGUCUGCUCCUCGCGAGCGCAAGCAGCGCGGUCCCCCCGAGGAUGGCGUUCCCUCCAAGACCAAGGUCAUGGUUGCCAACCUUCCUUACGAUUUGAAGGAGGACAAGCUCUUGGAAAUCUUCAAGGACUACUCCCCCACCACUGCUAAGAUCGCUCUCCGCCCCAUCCCCCGUUUCAUGGUCAAGAAGCUCCAGGCUCGCGGUGAACCCCGCAAGGGCCGUGGUUUCGGUUUCGUCACUCUUGGUUCCGAGGAACUCCAGCAGAAGGCUUGCGAUGAGAUGAACGGCAAGGAGAUCGAGGGUCGCGAGAUUGCCGUCAAGGUCGCUAUCGACUCCCCUGGAAAGGAGGACGACCACUUGGAUGCUUCCGCAGAAGGCGAGGAGGCUGCUGCUCCUUCUACUGAGGCUGCUCCCGCUGAGAAGACCGAGACCCCUGCCCCAGCCCCAGUUGCCGCUUAG